AUGUCGCUAAACCUGGGUACGGCCACUGCCCCUUUAGGACCUAUAGCAGCGACAACCGCUACGUUCGACCUAGGCGACAACACUCUUGCAAUUGAGACUGGCACGUUUACCAGACCUGUAUCGACAGGCGUCGCAGUAUCAUCAAGCUUGACAUCGCGAACCAUCGAUAAUCCUUUGACUACGACCCAAUCACAGAAUGUGGGACAACAUACCACAGGUCCUUCAUCUCCCGACGAGCACUCUAGUAACAAGGCUUGGAUUGCAGGAGCCGUGAUCGGACCAAUUGCUUUCAUCCUUCUCCUUGCAGGAGCCUUCUUCCUCGGGCGCCGUAGCCGAAGAUCAGCGAAAUCGACGACCAGCAAUGAUGAAAAGGGCCCGACUGAGCAGAACCCACCAGAACAAGCAUCCGUGCCCGAACUACACGAAGAUAACAUUCUCCCUAGCCAAGAACUUUACGGCUCACUUCCAGAGCAUCCAACUAUUGCCGAAAAACCUUCGAACGAAGCAUCAGCUCAAGAGUUACCGGCUUCUAUACCCCAGGCCAAGAUAAAUGACAAGGGAAAACACAACAAGAAUUACGGGGCUGUGCUAACACCGGAGAACUGA